CACUCUUAAUCAUCCCCCCUGCGGCACUGAAAGGAAGCGGAAGUCGCUGCGGCCUCGAAGGAGGUCGUUGUCAGUACAGCACUGUAGCCCCGCGGCCCAGUGGGAUGGCUAGCAACAGUAUGGCAGAUCCGCGGCGUCCCAACCGCGUUCUCAGAUACAAGCCUCCAACUACAGAAAACAACCCUACUUUGGAAGAUCCUACACCAGAUUAUAUGAAUUUGCUAGGAAUGAUUUUCAGCAUGUGUGGCUUAAUGCUAAAAUUAAAGUGGUGUGCUUGGAUUGCUGUCUACUGCUCAUUUAUCAGUUUUGCCAACUCUAGGAGUUCAGAAGACACCAAACAGAUGAUGAGCAGUUUCAUGUUGUCUAUUUCUGCUGUAGUGAUGUCCUAUCUUCAAAAUCCUCAGCCCAUGUCUCCUCCUUGGUGAAAAGAUAACACUUUUCUUUAAAAUUCACCUUCCCAAAUAGAUGGGUUAUCCUGUUCAGAGUGGAACAUUUUCUUAUACAGCAUACAUUUAAUUGUACAGGUAUACCAUUGCAACAUAUUGGGAAUAUUUACUUUGCUAUAUCAAUAAAGUAAUUAUUGUUAAAUAUG